AUGUCCCAAUCAUCAGAUAUUAUGAGUAAAUCAAAUAGUAUUGAUGACCUAAGCCUAAAUACCACAGUAACAUUAAAUGAUGGACACAAAAUUCCAUGGUUGGGAUUAGGAGUGUAUCAAGCUGAGCCAGGUGUUACGACUGAGAAAGCUGUUUCAUGGGCAUUAAAGGCUGGAUAUCGUCAUAUUGAUACUGCUGCACUAUAUGGAAAUGAGGAAGACGUAGGAAAAGCAAUCGCAUUAAGCGGCAUUCCACGUUCCGAAAUCUUUGUCACCACCAAAAUCUGGAAUUCUGAUCAAGGAUACUCGACGACUCUUCGCGCAGCAGAAGCCUCACUAUCUAGGCUUCAAACCGGCUACAUUGAUCUCUUACUUUUGCAUUCGCCGCUCCCGGGAAAAAAGAACCGACGUGAGAGUUAUUUGGCGUUGCAAGAGCUUGCGGCGAAUGGCAAAGUGAAGAGUAUCGGUGUGUCUAAUUACGGAGUGCAUCAUUUGACUGAAAUAUUGGAUGAUCCGGAAAUUAAUAUUAAGCCUGCUGUUAAUCAGAUUGAGGUUCAUCCAUGGUUAUUGCGAAAUGAUAUUGUCACGUUUUGUCGAGAGAAUGAUAUAUUAGUCGAAGCAUAUUCGCCUUUAACAAAGGGACUAAAAUUAAAAGAAAGUACCUUAGUAAAAAUCGCAGAAAAGUAUCACAAGUCUCCCGCGCAAAUUUUAAUUCGAUGGAGUCUACAAAGUAAGUUCGUGACGCUACCAAAAAGUGUCAAUCACGGACGUAUUAUCGAAAAUGCAAGUGUCUAUGAUUUUGGAAUUGAAGAUGAAGAUAUGGAGACGCUGAAUGGAUUGGACGAUUAUUUUGUUACUGGCAAGUAG